GAAUCGUGCUACAGAGAGCAAGUGAACAGUUUUAUUCGCUAGUAUUGUCCGUGUUAUGAUUUAAUUUUAAUACUUUUAUUUAUUUUUAUUUCAUUUGCCGAAACAACCUAAUAAAACGAAAUUAAUUGAAAAAAAACUCGGUAAAUGAACAGAUUAAAAAUUUAAAAAGUUGUUUUUUUUUCUGUUUUGCUUGAAUGAAUUAAUAAAUUAUUAAGAAAAUAUAAAAAAAUCAAUUGUAACAAAAAAUUUGUAUAAAAAGGUUGUCAAAUAAAGCAAAUUAAGAAAGACACAAAUAAAACAACACAACUAAGAGGCUGAGUAAAUAAAGUUGGUGAACUUGAACUUGUUUGGGCCGUCUUGUUCUCAAAUAUUGAGAAAAAUAAAGCUGCACGUUGUAAAAAACCCCCUGAACCUGUCCCUCUCCAUUUAGUACUUACAUUCAUGUAACACACUACUACACCGACUACAACAUCAAAAAUUAAUAAAUCACGCAACAAGAAUAAUAACAACAACAUAACGCAAUAUAAAAAUGGAGGCAUUGGGUGAUUUAUUAGCGCCUUACAGUGAGGAAAUUGCUAAAUUUGCCGGUACCGUUACUUGCUUACAAUUUUUAUCCGGUAUUGUUCUAUUGAAUGAUAUUCGCAAAAAGGGCAGCAGUGAUGCUUAUCCACCAGAUCCAUUUUUGGGUGGUAUUGUUUUAACAAUUUUGAGUUUAAAAAUGGGCACUCUGAUGGGUGAUCAAGCCAUGAUUAAAGUAAAUGUUAUUGGUUUUGCCAUAAACGUCGUCUUUAUGUUGGCCUUCUAUUGGUACGCCUCGGGACCAUUUAAAUCAAAAAUAUGGUCCAAAAUAGGUAUAGCUGCCACCUUUACCAUGGCAUGCUUGGCCUACUCUAACUUUGAAGAUCCGGCCAAAAUUGAGUUCCGUUUUGGUAUGUUAAUCACUGGCAUUUUGGUGAUUUUAGUUGGUAUGCCACUGUUGAGUCUAGGAGAAAUAAUUGAAAAGAAAAGCACUGAAGGUUUACCAUUCCCUAUAAUAUUGGCUGGUACUGUAGUGGCCGCAUCUUGGGCAGCCUAUGGUAUUUCAAUUAGAAAUGAAGUAGUAGCGUAUCAAAAUCUAUUCUUGUUACUUCUAAGUGCCAUACAACUAGCUUUAUUCGCCAUUUAUCCCAGCACUCCCACAAAUGAUAUCAAAACAUCUUCUUCGUCGGAACCUAAAUAUUCUAAACUAAAAUCCGAUAGUCCAUCCAAGUCACCAAAAAAUAAAAAACGUGAUUAAAAUUUAACUAAACUAUACACACAAACAUUAUUAUCACUACUAAUGCUUUUUUGGCUUUAAAAUCAAAAAAAAAAAAAAAGAGUUCAAGCUUUUUUUGGCACAAAAUUUUUGCAUGCCAUUUUAUAAAUCAAAAAAUACGUAUACGUGCAAAACAAUUUUCGACAAUAAUAUAAAUCUUCCAAUAAAUAUUAAUAAAAUAAACUAACAAACUAUAUAUAUAUAUUUUUUUAAAUUAACUCAAAUUUAUAUAUUUAGCAUAAAUAAAAUAAUGUUGUUAUUUAGUAAAUUAGUAGACGUUUAUGAUUUUAUAUAGUAUAGUACUAAAAAUGAAAUUGUAAAAAUAUAAUUAUGUUACAAAUUAUAAAUUUAUUAAUAUAUUUAAGACCGAAAAUAACUACAGCUACAUUUGUUACACUAAACACAUUAUUAAGAGCUUAAUAAAAAAAUUAGUUUCUAAAAAAA